AUUAUGUAUAAAAAACAUUUCACAAAUUCUGAUAAUUUAAUUUGCUAAUUAAGCUAUAAAUCAGACGCAGUGAAGUAGUGUACAGUAUAAAACAGCAAAAAUAAGACACAUUUAUGAGCAAUAGAACUUUUCAUAUGGUCAUACAAAAGUUAGUGAGUUCUUCAGUUCUGAACACGAACCACUGGAAAUAAAUAGUCUCCCACAUGUUUUGCAAAUACAAAGCUUCUUGCCUGCGACUUUUACGUUUUGCCAAACAUUGCAAAGGUCUCUCAGCAGUGUUGGCUCUUCUCAUGGACUGUAAAGUAAGCACCAUGUGUGAAAGUUGCCAUUAUUUGCAAGUGUAUGUUUUUUCAUGUGCUUUUUCAAGUCAGCUCUGUAGCCAUAUGUUUUUUCACACAUGUUGCAGGUGUACGGCUUCUCACCUGUGUGGAUGCGUCGGUGUACUGUCAAACUAUGUCUCUGUAUGAAAGCUUUCCCACAUGUUGCACAAACAUACGGCUUCUCACCUGUGUGUGUCUUCAUGUGUCUCAGAAGACCUGACUUAUACUUAAAAUCCUUUCCACAAGUGGUACAUUUACAAUACUGUUUGUGAUACGGCUUCUCACCUGUGUGAACUCUUUGAUGUAUUUUCAAUAUUGACAGGUCACUGAAUCUUUUCCCACAGGUUUUGCAAAGGUACGGCUUCUCACCUGUGUGUUUUCUCAUGUGGCUCAGAAAACAUGACUUAUACUUAAAAUCCUUUCCACAAGUGUUACAUUUAAAAGACUGUUUGUGAAUAAUACUGUCAGCCCCUGACAAGUUAGGGUUGUAGACGAUGGUACUGUGACUUUUGUUUUCAUAUUGUUGAUUGUUUUGUUCUGACUCUACAUCUUUAGUAGAGUCUUCAUGCGUGUAUCCUUUCUGAUCUUGGAUCUCAGCUGCAUAAAAGUUGUUCAACAGCAGCUGGUGGUCGGUUUCAGGUUCUGGUUCACCAUGGUCACUUUCAGGUUCUGGUUCACCGUGGUCACUUUCAGGUUCUGGUUCACCGUGAUCCCUUUCCUCCUCAGUAGGAGUCACCACAAAGGUAUUAACCUCCACCUUCAGCAGAAGCUCCUCUCCCUCCUGACUGGUGCAGAGCUCCUCCUGUUCUUCUUUAAUCUGUGGAGGCUCUGGGUCCUCUUGGUCCAGACUGGAGCUCCUCUCCUGGUUACAGAGCUGCUGGUCAGAGAGAACCUCCUCCUCUUCCUCCUUACAAACAUGUUGCUGUUGGAGAUCUGGAGGGACAGAGAACAAGAGGAAUAUGAUACUACUGUGAUGGUGAAGAGGAAAUGUAGACAUGCGACAUCCCUGAUACUUGCAGGAGUGAUUGCGGACAGUGUGAGGAGUCUACCUCAUGUGAUGAAAUACCAACCAGUGAUACCUCAAAGGCUGAGGGAUUCAUCUCUCAUUAAUGAUGCUGCUACACAUCAGACAUACCCUGAUGUUCUCCAGUACUCUUUGGCGAUUGCAGGGCAAAACUACACACUGUACCUGGAAAAGAACAAAGAUCUUGUCGGGAAAACCUUCUCUGUGACACAUUACUCUGAUCAGGGCACCCAGGUCACAUCUACUCCAGAUCUUGGGGUUCACUGCUAUUACCAUGGGCACAUUGUGGGAGUGGAGGACUCCUCUGCCAGCAUUGGACUGUGCUCAGGAAUCAAGGGCUUUGUGCGUCUCAGGGAUCAAAUGUACCUUAUCGAGCCUCUGGCUGGCACCGAGGCAGGACAGCAGGACAACAGACAGAACUCUGAAGCUCACAGCGACGAGGGUCUUCAUGCUGUUUACAACUACAAACACCUGAGGAGGAAGAGGAGCUCCUGUUCCCAUGGAAACACGACCACUUUCUAUGAUCAUGGAGCUCAUCCGUCUGGACUGUUCCAGCUCAGCAGCCUGAAAAGCAGUGCUCAGAUAAAAGACCUUACAGGAAAACCCAGGACAGUGGAGCUGGUUGUGGUGGUGGACAAUACAGAGUACAAGAAGUUUGGCAGUAAGAAGACAAUAGUGGCCAGAGUGCUUGAAGUAGUAAACCAUGUGGACAAGCUGUAUCGCCCCAUGGGUGUCCGUGUGAUGCUGGUCGGUCUGGAUAUCUGGUCUGACAGAGAUCACAUAGAGGUCAGCUCUGUCCCUGAAGUCACGCUUGGCCGAUUUCUCAAGUGGCGUCAGCAGAACCUGCUGCCGAGGACCAAACAUGACAAUGCACAGUUCAUCACUGGGGUGGACUUUGAUGGUUCCACUGUUGGCUUAGCAAACGUCAAUGCAAUGUGCACCGCUAACUCUGGAGCUGUCAAUGAGGACCAUAACAUUAACUCAAUUGGAGUAGCCUCUACUAUGGCACAUGAGAUGGGUCACAACCUGGGUUUGUCCCAUGAUACUGAAAGCUGUUUCUGUGGUACCUCAAAAUCGAAAGGAGGCUGCAUCAUGUCUGAGAGUGUUGGCCUUGAGUAUCCAAAGCAGUUCAGCAGCUGCAGUCGGCAGCAGCUCAGCAGGUUCUUAGAGGAGAUCAACCCUGCCUGUCUGCUGGAUACUCCCUCUACUAAUCGCAUCUAUGGAGGGCCUGUGUGUGGAAAUGCCUUCCUGGAGCCUGGAGAGGAGUGCGACUGCGGCACUGUGGAGGAAUGUAAGAAUCCCUGCUGCAACGCCACUACCUGCAAACUUGCUGAAGGAGCCAAGUGUGCAGAGGGAGAGUGCUGCGAAAGCUGCCAACUGAAAGCGUCAGACAGCGUCUGCCGACCAAGGGCAGGAGACUGUGACCUAAUAGAAUACUGCACUGGAUUCUCGGCCUCCUGUCCAACUGAUGCCUACACACAAAAUGGCCUGCCCUGCAACAGUGGCAAAGGAUACUGCUUUAAUGGACAGUGCCCUUCACGGGAGCAACACUGCAAGAGACUUUGGGGGCCAUAUGCUCAUGUAGCUGCAGAUGCUUGUUUCUCCCGCCAGGGAAACUGCAGAAAGACAUUUGGCCAGAGGUGUUUAAGCCGAGAUCAAUCCUGUGGGACACUUUUCUGCUCCGGAGGCUCAGAGUUUCCAGUGACAUCCUCGAAGACCUACAAAACAUUACCAAAUGGAGACACAUGCAAUGAGGCAAUUAUGAAACCCGAAGACAACUAUCCUGCAGAUCUGCCCAUGGUGCCUACUGGUACCAAGUGUGGUAGCAAUAUGGUAUGCUACAAUCAACGGUGUCAGGACAUCAAAAGCAUAAAAGCGUAUGGAACGAACGAAUGCUCUGCCAAAUGCAACGACCACGGGGUUUGUAACCAUGAGAACAAGUGUCACUGCGACCAUGGCUGGGCCCCGCCUUUCUGUGAUGUGCCGCACUCAGAGCAGAAUGACGAGGCAGGUCCGGUGGUGUUUAUUGUGUCGGUGGUGGUUGGUGUACUUCUGCUGUUGGUCCUGGUUAUCGGGAGUUUGAUGUGCUGCAUCAAAAAGAAGCAACCUGCAAAGAGAUGCUUCCAGUCUACCUCGGGUCAGUCCAACCCGUUGUUUCGUUCAAGCAGUACACGAGGCAGCCCACAUCUCAGAUCCACAAACAUCAGCCAGCCUAUUUUUGUGGAGUCUUCAGCCACUCAAGCCUGUAAAUCUCUGUCUUCUGCUCCUGUCACUCCAUAUACUAGAGCACUCAAGCCCAGCAGAGCAGUUCCAGAGCCACCUAAGAAAGUCCCAGCUGGACCUCAGCCAUCAAAGAGUCAACAGACUGCAAGGCCGUACAUGCAUCAAUCAACUGUUUCAACCAAGCCAAUCUAUACUGAGGAUAAGCCACUACCUCCAUCCAGACCUCUGCCACCACUUGCAACAAAACCGAUCACGAAGCCAAGGCCUCCGAUGCCUCCAGUGAAGCCGAAGCCCUCGCCAGUCCAGUCUCCACUGCCACACACUCAGCUGCUUGCAGGGAGAACUGCCUUGAAGCCCCCCAGCAGACCCAGAUGAUGGCGCGACUAAUUCAGCCUGGUGUAAACACUGAGAUCCUCUGACAGAGGACACUGUUGUCGUCUCAUCUAGAAAGACUUGGAAAUCCUCUCAGGAGACGCUCGUCUGUUGAAACAAGAUCCACCGAAGGAUCAUCAACAAUAAGUGACAGAGCUUUUCUGUCAAUUGUAAUCUCACUUUAGAAGAUUAUCGCCGCCUGUGUCUUGCUUAUGUAAGCCUUCAGUAUGUUGAUGAAAACCUGAAGGCGUGAUUGACAGACUCGAUGUCUGUGCUCUAUAAAUGACAAAUGGCUGUGUUGCCAUGAUGAUGUUAUUUGCUUUUUAAGGGAAAUGUCUCUGUGCCUCUGAUCUUUGGAUAUGUGAACACUUCAUGAGGCAAUUGCACUAUCGAUGCUGUGAGUGUUUUACUAACUGUUACUGUUUUGGUACUGCUUUUCUAAGAAAUAAUGUUGUUAAGGGAUUUUAAAAUGUUGCACCAAUGUGGGCACUUUACAGUUAUGGAUUAAUAUUCUUGAACUUGUUUUUUUUUUUGUACUAACUUAGGUAUGCUUGACUUUGUGAGACUGGAUUAUUACAUGCAGAUGUUUUUUUGUUUUUUGUGUUGACUCAAUACAUGUUGAUUGUAAUUCUUCAAGGGAUUUUUUUAUAAAGCAUAUUCUAUGCAGCAGACAUGAAGUCCUUCACUCAUUAAAUGCCAAUGAUUGUGACAGUGAGGAUUCUGCCUUCAUUUGUGCUGCAAACUUUGAACUGAAAA